GGGAACCUGAGCGCUUUCCCCUCCCCGGCGGCGGCGGCGUCCUGCUGGAGCCGGCCUCGGAGCUUCCCGUUUGAGCCCCGCCCCCCGGGGUCUGCGGCCGCUGGAUUGGUCGGGGAUUCUCUCCAGACAUCUCCUGAAGAGCCGCCAUGUCUGGGAAUAAUGCAUCUUCCUCAGAAGAGAACAAUAGCAGCUAUGAAACCAAAACCUCAAAUCUUCGAAUAUCAGAGAAGAAAUGUUGUUCAUGGGCAUCCUACAUGACCAACUCCCCGACUCUCAUUGUUAUGAUUGGCUUGCCAGCCCGGGGCAAAACCUAUGUGUCCAAGAAACUCACACGCUACCUCAACUGGAUUGGAGUGCCCACCAAAGUCUUUAACCUUGGGGUGUAUCGGCGUGAAGCAGUCAAGUCCUAUAAGUCCUAUGACUUCUUCCGGCACGACAACGAGGAGGCCAUGAAGAUUCGCAAACAGUGUGCUGUGGUGGCACUGGAAGACGUUAAGGUGUAUCUCACUGAGGAGAGUGGGCAGAUUGCGGUGUUUGAUGCCACCAAUACAACUAGGGAGAGGAGGGACAUGAUUUUGAACUUUGCCCAGGAGAAUUCCUUCAAGGUGUUCUUUGUGGAAUCUGUCUGUGAUGAUCCUGAUGUCAUCGCUGCCAACAUCCUGGAAGUAAAGGUGUCCAGCCCUGAUUACCCUGAAAGGAACAGGGAAAAUGUGAUGGAGGACUUCCUAAAGAGAAUUGAGUGCUACAAAGUCACCUAUCGACCCCUUGACCCAGACAACUAUGACAAGGACCUUUCUUUCAUCAAGGUGAUAAAUGUGGGCCAGCGAUUUUUAGUGAACAGAGUCCAGGACUACAUCCAGAGCAAGAUAGUCUACUACCUCAUGAAUAUCCACGUCCACCCUCGCACCAUCUACCUUUGCCGGCACGGAGAGAGCGAGUUCAACCUCUUGGGGAAGAUUGGGGGUGACUCUGGCCUCUCAGUGCGGGGAAAACAGUUUGCCCAAGCUCUAAGGAAGUUUCUGGAGGAACAGGAGAUAGCAGAUCUCAAAGUGUGGACGAGCCAGCUGAAGAGGACUAUCCAGACUGCUGAGUCCCUGGGGGUGACCUACGAGCAGUGGAAGAUUCUGAAUGAGAUUGAUGCUGGCGUGUGCGAGGAGAUGACCUACACAGAGAUUGAGAAGCGGUACCCAGACGAGUUUGCACUUCGAGAUCAAGAGAAAUAUCUUUAUCGAUAUCCUGGUGGGGAGUCGUACCAGGACCUGGUGCAGCGGCUGGAGCCUGUCAUCAUGGAGCUGGAGCGGCAGGGCAAUGUCCUCGUCAUCUCCCACCAGGCUGUCAUGCGCUGCCUCCUGGCCUACUUCUUGGAUAAGGGCGCAGAUGAGCUACCAUACUUGAGGUGCCCUCUCCAUACCAUCUUCAGACUUACUCCUGUGGCCUACGGGUGCAAAGUGGAAACCAUUAAGCUCAGUGUAGAGGCUGUGAAUACUCACCGUGAUAAGCCAACUAACAACUUUCCCAAGAACCAAACCCCUGUAAGGAUGAGAAGGAACAGCUUUACACCUCUGUCCAGUUCGAAUACAGUAAAGCGUCCACGAAAUUACAGUGUUGGGAGCCGGCCCCUCAAGCCCCUCAGCCCUCUCCGUGCCCUGGACAUGCAAGAAGGGGCCGACCAGCCGAAGACCCAAGUCAGCAUUCCGGUGGUGUAACUGUGUGUUUCCCUCCAGUCCUGGCCUCCUGCCCCUGUCACUAAUCACCAAGGAAUCAUUUAACUUCCAAUCCCCACCCCCGGCCAUGACCGUGAGGCCGCGUGUUUCAGACCCACCUUAGCUGUGCUGCAGUGUGGAGCAUCUCCCCAUCCAUGGGCAAGGUGACGAGCUGGAUGCCUGAGAACACGCCCUUAGUUGGGUGGCCUGGAGGAGAUGGCCAAGGAUGGUCACCUCUUGGGUGACUAGCAUGCCUGGGCUGAGGCUAAGCAUGGCCAGUACACUUGGUUCUUGUCAGUUCCCCAUGUUUCAAGUCACUAAAGCCCUUAUGUUGGUAAAUUGGGGGUGGAGGGGGCCACAGAAGCCCAUUUUCCCUUCACCUUUGCUCAAAGUGUGCUUUACUCACAGUUCUUACCCGCCUGCUUUCUUCCCCCUCCCUCAUCGCCCCAUUGGGUUGUCCAGUGUGAUGCAUGUCAUUGUCGCUGUAGUGUCUGACUAGGGGGGGAAGGGACGGUUGGCAAGAGAAGCCUAGGCUCCGUUGAUUCUCUGCAGUGGGCCCAAAUGGAUGUGGACCGGGGGAGCCUGUCUUUUUCCUUCCUUUCUCAAGCCAGGUCUUGCAAGGGUCCGCCUAGGCUGUAGGACAUCCAGGGACACUCUGGAGCUAGUAAGUGGAUAUAGAGCGGGAGCUAGUACGUGGAUAGGGCAGAGUUGCCUCGUUUCAUGAGAAAUAGUCCUAAGGCUUUGAUGCCCUGGGGGAAGCUGGUUCUGAGGAUGUGGGAACUGUCUGUACUUUCCACUUGAUGAGCCAGGCACAGGUCUUUUGGCUGCUGCUACGUUUAGGAGAGGAGGGUGGUCUCUAGCUGCUGCAGGGCUCUUGUAGGGCAGGUUAUAUCUUUUCUCCAGUAGCUCCCAGCUUCUUUGCCAACCACUGCAAGCCAGUGACCUCUGGGGCUCUUUAGGACAGUCACCACCGAUUCAGGAGUCACUAUUGAUGUUUGAGUUGCCCAAGUCAAAAAGGCAGAGAAGAGUUCACUAGAGCUGCUUAUUAUUUUCAAAACACUCCUUUUUAAGUUAAAACAUCUAGAGGAGUCUUUGGGACCCUGUGGAGUCUAGCUGUUCACUGCUAAUAUAUACUAUUAACUUCUGUCAUUUAUUUUCUCUGUAGGGUUAAACAGGAAAUGUUUACAGCAGGGAUGCUUAGCCCCUUGGGGACUCAUGAGAGCAUAAUUCUCCCUCCAAAUUUGUAUGCAAAACAUGAAUAUAUGGGCAUUUUUCUGAGAAGCAAGAGUUCUCAUGAAAUUUUUAAGAGAGAUGACUCCCCAUCUUAAAGUCAUCAGCUCGUCUUUUAGAAGUAACCAGCAAGAACAGAGGAGCUAUUUGCUGGGGUGUUUUUGGCAAUAAGACCUUUUGUCAGGAUUCUUGUCUUGAGGUACUCAUUGGCAUCCCUGUUAGAACCUCUGGCGUGUACCCACGCCUGGGUCUGCUUUAGGCCUACUGUCCACUCCGAACCUCAGGGCGGAGCCACCACAUGCAUGUGUUUAAACAGCUUCCCUGUCCGUUCUGAUCCAUGCUCCAGGCCGGAGCUCCGAUCUGUGAAGGUGGGUAAACAGAUAUUGGGAUGGCAAUUCCUGGGACAAAGCAGCAACCUAGGAAUUCCGAAUCCCUCGUGGAGUUAGAUGUCUAGCGGAUCACAAUAUUAACUAAAGUGACCCCCUUAAAAGCAGGCUGCCGGGUUUUAGAGGCUUUUCUAGGUUCUAGUCCCACCUGUAACCAUUUACAUUGCAGGGUGAUGUGGAACAAAUCACUAUGUAAAUAAGUGUCCCUGGGUGGUAGCUGGGAAUUUUAAGCACCCUGGAGACAGGCGCUGAGAUAAAACCUGUAGUAUGAGAGAGAUUAUCAUUGCAGGCAGUUGACUUCUGCCUUGAGUCCUUUAUUCUUAUGUCUCGAAUAGGACAUCACAGUGAGUUUCCAAAGGCUGCUUGCCUAGAUUCUGCUUGAAAUUACCUGCUCUUCCCAUUCAGCCGUUUACAUAAUGUGUCCUUGUUGUUUCAGUCUGUGGGGCUGUGGGCUGGAUGGGAGUGGGGGUGGAGAGGUACACAGAAGCAGAAGAAAAGGUGCUUGCCUUGAAGAAGGUUAUUUUAGGGACAGGGCAUGUAACUUAUAAUAAAUGAGCAUUUGCGAAAGAGCAACACCGAGCCUGUAAGUGUGGACACUGAAGUGGAGUACAGAUUGCUUCUCCUGACGUUUCUCUUGUCCCUGGCCAUGAGACUGAGAAAGUUGGGAGGUGGGACUACCCCUUCCCCCCCUCCCCACCCCAUUGUGAGGAUGAAGUGUGGUCUGGGAGGUAUGUGUGGCACUUUUAGGAGGUUGCCUCAUCUACUUUGCUUGGCUGGUGGUAUCUUUAGCCCAAAUGAGCAUUCAUUCUGACUUUUCUCCUGCUGUGCUGUGAGAGUAAUUCAGAGCUGAUGAAUGAGAGGAGCUUUUUGCUCCAGAGACUUUGGAUUUGGGCUGUACAUGCUCCUAGUGAGAGAAGUCUCUAGUGAACUAGCAUUAUGUUACGUUGUUAUGAGCCCCAGCAUUAGCUGCAGGUCACUGGGAUGUUCAGGAGGAUGAUUUCUCUGCACUACGCCCUGUGCUCGUUUGCUUAUCCCAGGAGCCAGAGGUGGUCUUACUCUUCUCAGAUAGGACACAAGAAAUUAGACCUUGACAACAGCAAGGGUUUCGGCAUUCUUGUUUUUAGAGCAAGAUCUCUCCAGAGAAGGUUCAGCAGGAAGAAGCCAGGAGAACAUAGGAUGGAACAGAGCUGCGUGUUUUAGAGAAGCCCUCCUUGCUGUCUUUUUUCCACUGUCUCCCUCUCCCGGUCUUACUUGUUGGGUGUUGGUAGUAUGUCCACAUUGCUACGAUUAUGUCUAGAUCACAAAUCCUACAAGGAAAGAGUGGACUCCAGAGUAUUUUUUGCUGAGGCUUUUGGUUUUGUUAUGGGAGAAAUAGGUGAAGGCUUUAGCAUUUAUCUAUUGGUAGAAAAUUGGGAAAGGAAAAUCACUAUAUUCAAUUUUUUUUCCAAUUUUUUAGUUGCAGUUGACAUUCAGUUCUAUUUUAUUGCUUUACAGCCGAGUGAGGAAUUCUGUGACAGACUUUUAAGAGAAAUCUGAAGCAGAUUUUAUCUAAAAGCUUCUCUUUCUAUCUCCUAAUCCUCAGAUUUGAAUUUAGCUGUUACUUAUUAUUUGGUUUAUUUUGGUAAGGGUAUUGUUUUACAUUCGACUGGAAAGCAGAAUAGGAAAAUGUUUAAAACUCUUUUAAAACUUUGUGCUAGAUGGGCUUAUCAUUAUCUCUGAUUUUUAUUUUUUGUUUUUGUUUUUCCUCCCAAGAAGUUAAGAGUUAGGAAUACAAUAUGUUUGUAUUCCUAGACUGAACUGUUGAGUGUUUCCUGAGGUUCUGGCUUUUCCUCUUUGUAACCUACUGGAUCUUCAGAGGUACUGGCAUUAUGAAGAAACAUGAUGUAGCUGUUUGGAAACAAACCCAUCUUAAAUGGUUUUUCUGAGUUCCAGAGGAACUUGUGGGUGCUUUGGGUAGUCAAAGGACAAGGGAAAAAGUGUCUAAAAAUUGAGAAAACUAUAUCUUAUGCACAUUUCAUUGUCUUUGCUAAGCUCAGAAGCCAGACUGUGUUUGUUUUCAAGAAAUUUGGUAAAUUUACCCAGGUGUUUUGGUAUGCACUUUGACUUGCUUGUGUUUUAAAAUAUUUUAAUUUAAAAAAUUAUGUAACAGUUGAGUCGAGUUUAGCAGGAUUGAUCUCUUACUUCCCAUAGAGGUGGCAGAGACAUCAGAAGUAUGUCCAGGAGUUUAAUUUAGACUCAUAGUGUCCAGAAAACUGUAUGUAGUAGUAGCUGUGUGCUUACUGACAGACUCUGAAAGGACCCGCAUGCUGAUUGACAGACUCUACUAGGGUCUGUAUGCUCACUGACUCACAGACUCUAGUAGGAUCUGUAUGCUUCUAACAGACUCUAGUAGGGUUCAUGAGCUAACUGACAGACUCCAGUAGGGUCCGUAUUCUAACUGACUGACAGACUCCAGUAGGGUCCGUAUUCUAACUGACUGACAGACUCCAGUAGGGUCCGUAUUCUAACUGACUGACAGACUCCAGUAGGGUCCGUAUUCUAACUGACUGACAGACUCUAGUAGGGUCUGUAUGCUGACUGACUGAUUGUAUUAGGAUAUGUAGCUGACACUCUGACUGUUUGUAAUUGUACCAGUUGGUGGCAUAUAUACAUUAUUGUGAUUCUCUAUUUGCAAGUGUCCUACAAAGAAAGGAAGCAAACACUCCACAUGUUUUCUUUAGGGGGAAGUUCUGUAAAUUAUGAUUUUUAAUCAACAUUUCUUUCAUAGUAGUAGCCAAAGUUUCAUCAUUUUUAGAAAUGAAGGUUGUAUAUCACUUGUUUGGCAUUUUGUAAACUCAGCUAUGGAAAUGCCUUCUUAAAGCCUGAAAUUGUUAACCUAGUUGAAGCCAUCCCAUCCUUUCCCCCGCUUCUGGGCUGGAUUUCGCUUUCACCACUUGUGUCUGAACCUUCUGUGUCCACAACUUCUCUGUUAUAGAAUGUAGCGCUCCAUUGAAUAAUGCUGCUGAUUUUAGUCUGCCAUACAUUUGGCACUUAUUCAUGAUCUAAUAAAUGAAAAUGCAAUGGUAAUUUUGCAUUCAAAAUUUAUCUUAAGAGGUGGUAAAGUAUUUUUUCCAGUAAGACUUUCAUUGGGGAUCUAUGACCAAUAUUUACCUUUUCAAUGUUUUUGUGUCUGAAUUGCUUGUGUAUAUUUUUUCAUUGUGUUGAAGUAACUAGAUCAACUCAUUCUGAUAUGGUGAUGGUUUUGAUACGGCAAAAGCAAAGGACUGAUCACCAGCUGUGCCCUUUGGAGGGAGUUGGGCGUGGGCUGAGAACUACUGAGUUCAAUGGGCAUGGACUGAAUUGGGAACCCAAGCAAUAGAGUUAUCCUGCUGAUUUCCUAGGCACAGCUUUGUUGAAAGAAGGAAUGUAAGUCCUUAACAGCAUUCUGAUUUAAUCUGGUGACAUUGAUAUCAAAAUAUGCCGCUCAGAUCCACAGAAGGUGUGUAUAACUGUAUUUGAAAUGUGUUUUGAGUGUGUGUGUGCAGAAUGGGUAAAUAAAAUUAUUGAGUAACUUGAACUUA